CAAUAACCUAGUUCUUUCUCCUUUUUAUCAGAUACAUCUAUGUAGCAAGAUGCCGCAGUCCUCGCCAUUCAAAAUCGACAUUCCCGCUGCGAACAUACUUUCCUAUCUUUUCCCGUCUCACAAGCAAACCUCGGAUAAACCUAUCUGGAUUGACGCAGAUGACACAUCGAAUUCACUUUCCCCCAGACAGCUCUUGUCAUGGGUCAAGAGGCUGGGUGCUGGAUUAUCUUCUCUCGGGCUGAGGCGGCAAGAUGUGGUGAUGGUGUUGUCCCACAACCACAUAUUCGUACCUGUCGGGUAUUUGGGCAUCGCAGGAUCCGGCCUCAUUUUCAGUGGCUGUAAUCCAGCAUACGGAGUCGCAGAGAUCGUGUAUCAAAUACAGAAUACAGAAUGUAAGGCUAUUCUUGUAGAGCCGUCAUUGCUACCCACACUUCUGAAAGCAGCUGCGGAGUCAGGAUUCAAAAAGGAUCGUAUUUUCCUGUUCUCAGAUAAAGAGACCGGAUCAAUUGAUAGCACUCGCGAUUGGAGAUCUAUACUUUGCUCCGAAGAAGAAUCUCGGUCGUGGACAUGGCCCAAUAUGGAUGGGUCCACCGCUCGCAACACAAUCGCAGCACUCAAUUACUCGUCCGGAACGACAGGUCUUCCAAAAGGAGUCAUGAUCAGCCAUCAAAACGUAAUCGCCAACGUAGAGCAGAGCAUAUACAUGCGAGAUCUAGAACAACCAUACCGACCCGAUGACCGGCCGGAAGAGCAUUGGCUGGGAUUUCUACCCUUGUAUCACGCCUACGGCCAACUUUGGUCUAUUGUCGCAGCGGCCCGCACUUUAAGUCCGUGCUAUUUCAUGCGCUCGUUCAACUUCGUCAAGUUCCUCGAGAAUAUCCAGAGGUAUCGUAUCACGCAUAUACAGACCGCACCGCCGGUGCUAGUCAUGCUAGCGAAGAGGCCGGAGACAAAGGACUUCGAUCUCUCAUCGUUACAGAAUAUUCUGUGCGGUGCCGCACCGCUCUCAAAAGAACUCCAGAACGAGGUGUCUUCAAAGUUCGAUCUCAAAGUUGUGCAGACGUGGGGUAUGACGGAGGUGACGUGCUCGUGUCUGCAUGUUCCUGGUGGUCGAGACGACCGCUCGGGUUCUGUGGGGUACAUAGAUCCUAAUGCGAGUAUUAAGUUGGUUGAUGAGAAUGGAAAUGGGGUGAAGACAGGAGAUAGGGGCGAGAUUCUCGUCAAAGGACCAAAUGUAUGCAUGGGCUAUUGGCGAAACGAAACUGCUACUGCCGAGACAUUUGAUGAGGAGGGUUUUCUGCGAACAGGUGAUAUCGCUAUUAAUGACGAUCAAGGCUGGUAUUGGAUCGUGGAUCGCAAAAAGGAGUUGAUCAAAGUCAAGGGCUUCCAGGUGGCGCCUGCUGAGCUCGAAGCUGUACUGCUGGAACAUGAACAUGUUGCUGAUGCCGCAGUAUGUGCCUUGCAGGUCGAGCAUGAAGAGUUACCACGAGCGUAUAUCUCGCUCAAGGCGGAGCAUAAGAAUGCUUCAACCGAAUGGGAUAUCGAGAAGUGGAUGGCAAGCCGCGUUGCUAAACACAAGCAUCUGACUGGUGGCGUGGUAUUCAUAGAUGAGGUCCCAAAAUCUCCGAGUGGAAAGAUUCAACGACGUGUUCUGCGAGAUUGGGCGAGUAAAGACGCGGAAAGUUGGAAGAACAGGAGAGAAGGAGUUAAACUGUAA